AAUUAAAAAGACGUUAUAUCUCAUUGGAGAUUUGGAGGGAAGCUUCCUCAGUUCUUCCAAUCCCGUUUCCUGCCUUCGUAACCAGCAGUUUUGACCAAACCACUCUCUCGAGUCUCCAUCCAUCAAAGGUCUAGGCCCUGGGCUGCUGGGCUGCUGGGCUGCUGCGAUUAUUUAUUUUUGUCUCUGUUGCAAUUUCCUUUCGUUUUGUUUAGAUUAGGCGAUUGGGUUUCUUGCUGGAGAGUUUCGGUUUUGGUCGGAAGUGGAAGAUGUAGAGGUUUUUCUGGUUUUGAUUUUGAUCAUGAAGUAGAGACAAGUAGAAAAGAAAGUAGGCUGUUUUGUGGGUUGUUUCUGUUUGAUCUUAUUUCUGAUUUCUUCUGCUUCACUGGCUGUUAAUUUAUUCCUUCAUCGGGAACAGAGUAGUUGUAUCCUUCCAGUAGCAAUGAAGAUGACACAGCCAUCCUCCGAUGACUUUGGAGAUGCAAAGGCAUGGCCUCCAGGGUUCCGAUUCCACCCCACCGACGAGGAACUCGUACUCUAUUAUCUCAAGAGAAAAAUCUGUCGACGCCGUCUCAAGCUCAAUGUCAUUGCCGAAGUCGACGUUUACAAGUGGGAUCCGGAGGAGCUGCCUGGGCAAUCGGUGUUGAAGAGCGGGGAUAGACAGUGGUUCUUCUUCAGUCCUAGGGACAGAAGAUACCCAAAUGGGGGAAGAUUGAACAGAGCUACCAGACAUGGCUAUUGGAAGGUAACCGGGAAAGAUCGCAACAUAAGUUAUAAUUCUCGAACAGUUGGAGUGAAGAAAACUCUGGUUUUCUACAAGGGUCGUGCUCCCAGCGGCGAACGUACCGACUGGGUGAUGCACGAGUACUCCAUAGACGAGGAGGAGCUCAAGAGAUGUGCUGCACAGGAUUGCUAUGCACUGUAUAAAGUUUUCAAGAAGAGUGGACCGGGUCCCAAGAAUGGAGAGCAGUACGGGGCGCCAUUUAGAGAAGAGGAGUGGGCUGAUGAAGACGAUCCAGUUGAGACAGUGCAGCAGCCUAAUGAAUUCGCUUCUGUUGAUAUCUUUACAGUUUGUGAUCCGGGUCUACCUCCAAGCAAUGGAAUGGACGAGAUUUUGGGUCCAAACACAGAUGACCCCGGAAUUAACCAACUUCUCAUUGAUGAAUUGACUCACCUACUGCAACAGGUUGAUGGUGAGGAAGAAGCCCAAAGUACUUUGAUGGGGGCACCGUUUGGGGAGGCUAUAUCUAGAGAACCAAGUACAGUGCCACAACCAUGGGAGCAGCAACAUGAUGCACGGGGUAGCUUUGAUGUCACUCAGUCAGCCACCUCCUAUCGAAAUUUCUAUGAAGCCCCUGAAGUCACAUCUGCUCCCAAUGUUUCUGAGCAGGUUUCACCUGUAACUGCAGAGGAGGGUUUCCUGGAAAUUAAUGAUCUCAUUGACCUGGAACCUAGCUUCUCAAAUAUGGGGAGUUCCAAGGAAAACUUGGGUUUUGAAGAAACAACUGGAUUGGAUGGACCUGACCUUUACUUUGAUGCAGCCAUGUUUCUUGAGGAUCUGGGGCAGGGGACAGCUGCUAACUCUUAUAUCGAUAAUCUGGGGAUUGACACAGGCCACAUUGCAAGCCGGUUCAAUUACCAGCUACCAUCCCAGUUAGACGAUGCAAAUCAGAUUAGCAGUCAGCUAUGGACAUAUGACCAAAGGUCCAAUGUCUUUCUAUCAACAGAAUCAAAUCAGGUGUUUCUGUCUCCGCCAACCUCAGGUGUGUUACAUGCUGGUAGUUCUACGAAUUUUGGUGAUACAAAUCAGAAUCAAGGCAGCAGUGGAGGAGAUCUGCCAGAUUCUUGGUUCACUUCUGCACUCUGGACCUUUGUGGAAUCAAUACCUACUAAUCCUGCAUCAGCUUCAGAGAAUGCCUUACGGGCAUUUGAGCGAGUGUCGAGUUUUGGUAGGAAUAUGCAAAUCAAUGCCAGAAACAUCAAUUCUAGAAGACAUCAUGCCAAUCCCACUAGAAGGGUGGGUGCAAACAGGGGAUUUUUCUUGCUUUCAGUUCUCGGGGUGGUAUUUGCCAUCUCAUGGGUGCUGAUGAUGGGAACCCCACUGAAAGAUUUUAGGACUUUCUUGAGGAGAUUUGCAUCCUCGUAAAUAUGUGAAGGUUAUUAUGUACGUUUUCACAGUUCUGUGAAUGAACUGGAAAACCAUAACUGAAGAGGUUAGAUAUAUAAAGGGUCUUCUCCACAGUUUUUCCUACAAAA